UUCAAACAGUCUAUAAGGCUGUCAGGUAAAGCUGAUCAACCCCAUGUAGCAGAGGAGCCAGGUGUCUGCAAUCAACAAUUACUGCGUCACUCAUAUAGAGGCAGCGUUCAGUCUCUCAGUUUGAAGCGGCUGUCUCAACUUGAAGGAAGUGCAGGAUACUGACUAAAAUGUCUGGCCGUGGGAAGAAAGCUGCACCCAAACCAAAGUCUUCACUGUCCCGGUCUUCCAGAGCAGGGAUCACCUUCCCUGUGGGCCGCAUCCACAGACUGCUGAGGAAAGGCAAUUAUGCUGAGCGAGUUGGCAAUGGCGCUGCGGUGUACUUCGCAGCCGUCCUGGAGUACCUCUGCGCAGAAAUCCUGGAGUUGGCCGGAAACGCCUGUCGUGACAACAAGAAGCAGCGCAUUGCUCCUCGCCAUAUCUUGUUGGCAGUGAAAAAUGAUGAUGAGCUCAACAAACUGCUGGCAGGGGUCACGAUCUCAGAGGGUGGUGUCAUCCCAAAUAUCCAGGCAACUCUUCUCCCCAAGAAGACCAAGGCGCCCAGGGAUGACAGUACAGCUAAAGAUGUUCAGUCUCAGGAGUUUUAAUUGUGGAUGUACAAGUUUGUUUGUUUUUUUUACAAAUGUUUUAUUAUUAAAGUGUUUUUAAAGUA